GUGUGCCAGCUGGUAUGUGUGUCCAUUCGUGUGAUGUUCGUAUCCUACCGGGCGGAAAGACUCAAACGAGUGGCAGAAGAUUUAGUUAAAAUAUCACUAAGGAACGUCCUGGCAAGCGGUGACAUGAAUGACAUUUCUAAUAUCAUCCUGAUUAAUGCGUUUACCAAUCAAAUAGUCAACAGGAACAUAAACAUGUCGGCUUGCGGAUUCUUUUCUGUCAACCUGUCGUUUUUUCACGGGCUAAUUCGACUAGCAACAACCUAUUUGAUUGUCGUCAUUCAGUACAGUUCAAAAGCUCCAAAGUAACACCGAGACAAAUCAGUGUCGUUAAAAAAAUAUUUUUUUUUAAUAUUUGUAGAUG